AAAAAAAAAUUAGAUUUUUAUUUUUUAAUUUGAAUUGUUACAAAACAAGGAUUUGUAAUUAAAGUCCGAAUUGAUUUUGUAAAAGUCUAAUUUUUUUUUUUAUGGAAGAGCUAAAGCGAUUGGAGAAGUCUCAGAGUGUUGUAUCAGCCAUUACUUCUCACGGUUUGCUUUCUUCUUCUUCUUCUUCGUCCGAUUCAGCUUCUUCUUCUCGCUUCCUCUCCAAUCUCGUCCUUUUCCUGGUACAACCAUGCGACGAUCUCGAUAUAGAUUCGAAACUGGCUCUAGUCUCUGAAUUCCUACCUAAAAUCUCAGGACCUUUCCUAGAAGAGAUAUCCAAGUCACUUGAGCUUGACGAUGAAGCUGAACCAGUUAAAACAAGCUCAGAGUCCCAAAAGAGUAAUGUGAAGAGGAGUGUCAUGGACAAUGUUCAUCCUUGCACAUCAGAGAAACACCAAGAUGUUGUAGCAAUGGUUGGGCUAGAUGCAAUGAAACGAGCAAACUCUACACUUGAGGAUUUCUCCAGGUCUUAUUUCAUGUUCCAUCGGUUGGAUAUUAAUGAACCACAGUCAAUAUUCAGAUAUUUACCCGUGCUUUCAUUCACAGAGAGUUACAUAUAUCAGAUUGAUGCUCUUAAUGAGAAGAUAGUGAGUGAAUCAGCUUCAAUUGAUGGAUGGAAUGCUGAAUCACGAGUUUUGUUUGAAGCUGAUCCACUGAAGCCUCUUGAAGAUGUGCUUGAACGUGAGGGUCUUUUGACACAAAGAAUACAACAAGAGUUCAAGUUAGGUGAAGAAUAUUGGGGGUUAGAAAGAAAGCUUUGUCAUGCUCUUUCAAACAAAGACAAGAUUUGUCUAGAAGAUGUGAUGAGAGCAAUUCAUUUGAAGUCUUUUGAUUACCGGGUGUUGAAUCUUCUGCUAUAUAAGCUGAGAGGAGAAGAGCUGAAUGAGUUGCAUAUGGACUUCUUGUCAAUUUCAGAAUUCCUGGUGGAAGUAGCAGAUGAUCUGUUCGAUUACGAGGACGAUGUGCUUGAGAACAAUUUCAAUGUAUUACGUAUGUUUGUGGGAAUGUUUGGCUCAUCAAAUGCCCCCACUGAACUGGCGAAGCGGAUAUCUGAAGCUGAAGAGAAGUAUGAAGAGAUAAUGAAAUCCUUGGAUCCACAUUUGUCUUCAAAGUACCAAAGAAGAUGUGAAGAAGCUACUAAAGAAGGUGGGAAAACAUCUGGUCAUUCGCUGGGAACAUGGAACAUACCGGCGGUUAUCUCCGACGAAGAAGCAUACCGAGCUGCUGCUCAACGGUGAAGCCAAAAAAAAAAGACAGUUGUAAUAAAACCGGGAUUUAAGUUAAGGUUGUAUACCGGAGUAAACCGAGGAAUUUUUUUAAUUGUAUCCUUGACCGAGACAAGGAAUAAGUGACGAAAACAUUAUUAGACCGUAGGAUCUUUUCUGACUACAUCUGAACCGUCUAAAGUACAAAUAGGGUAGACGAGUUGUGACCGAAAGUAUCAAAAGGAGACAAAACCCCUUGACUCUUUUAUUAUUGGAUCAUGUAAUAAAAACAUUUUCAGUUU